UAAAGCUUAGCGAAAAGGACACAGCAAAAAUUAAAAAAUAGCAGUUGCGUCUUUCGGGCCUUAAUUGCGUAAUUCCUUUGCGGCGGCGGCGGUUCAGGAGGGGGACGAAUCAUACAUAACCCAUCUUCUUCCCCCACCACCUGAGGCGGCCAGCACAACCACGCCGAUCCCCCAACAGCCGAUUUUAGUCCAAAUUCACCUCCUCUAACCAAGGUCCUUGCCGCCAGCGUUCCACCUGGAUCAAACACAGCUGCUACAACUCUUGUCUCAAACACCAUCAAAGCCAGCUCAGCCAACCCAAUCAUAGGAAACUCAGAUCUCGCAACCCUAGCCUUCGCAGAUCCACGGUUGCCUUCGGAAUCUAUGAAAAGCAUUUGCACCAAAACUCCCAGUCAGGUCCAAUCACUGCUUCCUUCAACGCCCCAACCUCGAUCCAGCAAACUCCCUUACUAUAGACAUAUAUCGUAUGCCCAAUUCAAGCUUAGGCCUUCAAGAUAGAAAGGGAAAAAUAGUGCAACAGCUCGUAUACCGCUCACGCUAUUCCUAUGCCAUGAAAUUAAACCAGCACCGUGUUGUCAAAACACCAGGGUGGAAGCUAGUGUUUCAAACGAAAAACAAGAGGUCUAGAUUAUCCGAAAGCAGAAGAAAUGUUAACCGUGCUUAUGGUGGAGUCCUAUCAGGCAGUGUUGUGAGGGAAAUAAUUAUUAGAGCAUUCGUGGUGGAAGAGGAGAAGAUUGUGAAAAAGGUGUUGAGGAUUCAGAAAACCAAGGAAAAUCAAGCUGCAAAGAAUGGAUCUUCCAUCUUACCUUUUUCAUAAUCACUUUUCAAGAUCGAAUAAAAGCUAGAGUUGGAGUUACUAGAUUUAUUGUUUGUGCUGUGAGUAAAAAGUACCGUCUAUGUCGUUUUAAAAUUUUUAAAAGAUUGUCUUUAUGAAUUUAUUAAUUUCAAAAAUUAGUAAAUUUCUGUAUAGUUUAUUCACAAAUAAAAAAUAUCUAUCGUAAAUUUGAAUUUUUACGAUAGAGACCACAAACAAAUUUUG